AUGUCGGGUUCAUUGCCAUCUGGCCCGCCGUCAGAUCCCAAACCCGCCACCUGUGCCACCAAUUCACCAGACGAAACAGCCACCACCUCCACCACAACAACCCCCUCUACCCCAGAAGUUUCAUCUUUAUCACCUGUUCAGAUCCCUCUCUCAUGGCCUCCCGAUUCUUCCCUCACUCUCGACUGGAUCCAAAACCUCAUUGCCGCGUUUGAUUGGUCUUCCAAAAACCUCCCCCAUCUGAACUCCCUUCAGUCCUCCCUAAUCGAUGACUGUAAUGAAAAUUCAAAAGUGGUAGUCGUAGGAGAUGUUCAUGGGCAACUUCAUGAUGUUCUUUUUCUAUUGCAAGAUGCUGGGUUUCCGUGUGAAGAUCGGUUCUUUGUGUUUAAUGGAGAUUAUGUUGAUCGAGGAGCUUGGGGUCUUGAGACUUUCUUGCUCUUGUUAGCUUGGAAGGUAUUUUUGCCACAGAGGGUAUAUCUCCUCCGUGGCAAUCAUGAAUCCAAGUAUUGCACAUCUGUGUAUGGUUUUGAGAAAGAAGUUUUGGCAAAGUAUGGCGAUAAAGGUAAGCAUGUCUAUCGGAAGUGCUUGGGAUGCUUCGAAGGCCUUCCCUUGGCCUCUAUUAUAGCUGGGCAUGUAUAUACUGCUCAUGGAGGACUUUUCCGCAGUGUGUCUAUCACCCCAUCAAAGAGAACGAAGGGAAAGAAGAAUCGGAGGAUAAGUUUAAAUUCUGAAACCAAACUAUUAUGUCUUGGUUCUUUGGAGGAGUUAUCCAAAGCUCGAAGAUCGGUUCUUGACCCUCCAUGGGAAGGUCUGAACCUAAUUCCGGGAGAUGUGUUAUGGUCAGAUCCAACAAUGAAAUCUGGACUGUCACCAAAUACAGAGAGAGGCAUUGGUUUAUUAUGGGGACCUGAUUGUACUGAAGACUUUUUAAAGAAGUUCCAACUAAAGCUAAUCAUCAGAUCACAUGAAGGCCCGGAUGCAAGGGAAAAGAGGCCCGGUCUUGGAGGAAUGGAUGAGGGGUACACCAUAGAUCAUGUUGUACCAUCAGGAAAGCUGAUUACUCUCUUUAGUGCCCCAGACUACCCACAGUUUCAGGCGACUGAGGAUAGACACAAAAAUAAAGGAGCAUAUAUUGUCCUGAAACCCCCACGUUUUGAUGUGCCGGAGUUCCAUAGUUUUGAAGCAGUUACUCCGAGACCAGUGGUGAAAGCUUAUUAUGAUUAUGAAGAUGUGAUCGACUCUGAUGAAGAAUUAGACUUGGCCUCAAUGGUGACCUCAACUUAA